UCUCUUUUCACAUCAUUUUCAUCUUCCACACUUUUUUUUCCUCCUCCCUUAAUUUUCCUUCCAACCCCAGAGCCACUUCCUCCGCCGCAAUCCGCCGCCGCAGCCCCAAUUAUUGUAGAAAAAAGGUGAAACCCCACCGUGAGUGUAACAAUUCAAUCCGUUUGCUUCACAAAUUCACCCGAAAUUGAUUAGCAUUAACCGCUUCAAUCCGACGCUGAUUUUUGUUUCCCGUUCAUUCAGAUCUUCAUUUUCUCAGCCGAUCUAUUCCUGUCGUCCUACGCCGCGCCUUUUUUCUGUUCUUCGUGUUACUUUGGGUUCUUUCCGGAAUAGCAUAUUCAGAGCAUCUUCACAAUCAUCAUUUAUACUGUCAUUCAAAUCUCUGAAACCAUUUGCCGCACAGAGAUUCUGCAGAAGAUACUUAUCGAUGGCUAGUGAUUCAAUUCAAUGCGUUUCUAAUGGCAACGAUAAUGCACAGUCAAUACCCGAGAGAAGCUACCAAGUUGUGGUGGCAGCAACUCCUGAUAUGGGCAUUGGGAAAGAAGGUAAACUGCCAUGGAGAUUGCCCGGUGACCUUAAAUUUUUCAAAGAGAUAACUGCAACUACUUCGGAUCCCAAUAAGAAGAAUGCCGUUUUGAUGGGGAGAAAAACUUGGGAAAGCAUUCCCCCUCAGUUUCGCCCAUUACCUGGUCGACUAAAUGUCGUACUGACUCGUUCUGGUAGUUCCGAUUCUAAUUCCGACGAGAGUGUUGUUUUCUGUGGUAGUAUGUCGUCAGCUCUAAAAUUACUAGCAGGACCGCCCUAUAGUUUUAACAUAGAGAAGGUUUUUCUUAUAGGAGGUGGCCAGAUUUUGAGGGAAGCAUUUAAUGCAUUGCAGUGUGACGCGAUCCACAUAACUGAACUCAAGAGUUUUAUCGAAUGCGACACGUUUAUACCUCCUAUAGAUAUGUCGGUUUAUCAGCCAUGGUACUCGUCCUCCGUCAUUGAGGAGAAUGGUAUCAAGUAUUGCUUUGCAACGUAUGUCCGUUUGAAGAACUCCAUUAAAGGACCUGUUAGUACAUCACAUUCCAAUAGAUUAAAACUCUCGGAUUUUACUUUCCUGCCAAAACAUAUUUUUGAUAAGCAUGAAGAGUUCUUAUACUUGAGACUGGUUCAAGAUAUUAUUUCGAAUGGGAAUAAUAAAGAUGACAGGACAGGAACUGGGACACUUUCGAAAUUCGGUUGCCAGAUAAGAUUCAACCUGCGCAAAUCUUUCCCUCUUCUUACGACAAAGAGGGUUUUCUGGCGAGGAGUUGUUGAAGAGCUUUUGUGGUUCAUCAGUGGUUCAACAAAUGCUAAGAUUCUACAAGAAAAAGGGAUACAUAUAUGGGAUGGUAAUGCAUCCAGAGACUUUCUUGACAGUAUCGGACUGACAGAGAGAGAAGAGGGUGAUCUGGGACCAGUAUACGGGUUUCAGUGGAGACAUUUUGGUGCAAGAUACACCAAUAUGCACGACGACUACACAGGACAAGGGAUUGAUCAGUUGAUGGAUGUUAUUGAUAAAAUAAAAAAUAAACCCGACGACAGACGUAUUAUUCUUUCUGCUUGGAAUCCUUCCGAUCUUAAAUUGAUGGCACUACCCCCAUGCCACAUGUCUGCACAGUUUUAUGUAGCCAACGGUGAGCUGUCUUGCCAGAUGUACCAACGGUCUGCUGACAUGGGUCUUGGAGUGCCGUUUAACAUUGCAUCGUAUGCGCUUUUAACGUGUAUGAUUGCUCAUGUUUGUGGUCUUGUUCCUGGUGAUUUUAUCCAUGUAUUUGGAGACGCCCACGUUUACAAAACUCACGUCGGUCCUCUACAAGAGCAACUCAAAAAACUACCAAGACCUUUCCCAAUAUUGAGGAUCAACACUGAGAAAAAGGACAUCGAUUCAUUUGUUGCCGGUGAUUUUGAACUUGUGAAUUACGAGCCCCACCAGAAGCUGGAGAUGAAAAUGGCAGUGUGAAGCAGUUGCUAGAGGUAACUGAUGCAAUUAACCCGAUGCUUCAUCGUCGGUCGAGUUUGUGCACUUAGGCCUCGUUUGGGAAUAUUGAUAGGAUUGAUUAGAUUGAGGAGGAUUAUAUUGUUCUGUGAUAAUGUAAUAUGAGGUUCCAUGUUUGUUGGGAUUAUGGCUUCUGUGUAUUGUCAAUUGUGUAAUGCUUGUCUCUAUUGUUGGGUAUAAGGAUUAUAGUGAAUUGCUUAUAAAUGUCGAAAAUACCCUUAAUUUUAUAUUUGGUUAUCA